AUGUCUGCGAAAGCUGCUCUUCCAAAUCAACCACCUGCGACUCCAAACAAAACUUCCCAGCGGUCAGGAGAGGAAGCACAGCAAGGAGUUGUGCUUUUGUCAGAUGUACAUAUCUUCGAUGUCCCUAGUAGAACCUGGGUUUUCAUUCCGACCGCCAAUGCCCCCAGAGGGAGAUAUGCCCACUGUGCAACGAUUUUACCGUCAAGGGCUACCUUCGGUUCCUCGAAUGCUCCCAUAUCUGCCCUCCACCAUAAUCCGUCUUCAUCCAAUCCACACCAAGGUACAUUAGGCGUGGAGAUCGAUGGAUAUGGCGGGGCGGAGAUGAUCGUCGUUGGUGGCCAGGAUACAUCGAAUCAUUAUUUUGAAGAAAUAAAUGUUUUCAAUCUGCGAAGCCUAAAAUGGACUUCGACCACCUCUCUUGACCGUAGUUGUGGGGCCUAUCGCAGUGUUGCCACUCCUUUGCUCGGAGUGAAGCCUUCUAAUAUUGGAGGUGGAGUUGAGGUGGAAGGGUUCAGGGACCCGACGAAGCCGGAUGCUCAGAAGCCAGAUCCACUGCUGUUGAUAUACUCGAAUUACAAUUUCCUAGAUGUCAAAUUAAACCUGCAGCUCCGUACAUCUGACGGGAAGCUUACAGAGAAGUCAAUGAAUGGCACGGUUUCACCUCCUGGCUUACGGUUUCCUAAUGGGGGCAUUAUCAAUGGCCAUUUUGUGGUUAGCGGUACCUACCUUACAUCGUCCAAACAGGAGUACGCAAUGUGGGCUCUGGAUUUGAAAACACUCACAUGGGGACGUAUUGAUGCUGGAGGAGCAAUUUUUAGUCACGGGAGUUGGAAUCGCGGUGUUUUGUGGAGCCGGCGAAGCACAUUUGUCGUGAUUGGACAUCGGAAACGAAGUUUAGUUGAGGACUACAACCACCGGCGCAUCAAUUUCUCACACAUCUGCUUCGUGGAACUCGAAGCGUUUGGCCUGUAUGAGAAUCCACGACGAAGCGCCCCAACUUCGGGGUAUGUGUCCGUAAGCAGCCCCAUGGUACCUGCGUCGCUACAAGCAAAGAUUUCCCAGCAAGGUGCGGGGGGGCGACCAUUAUCUACGACAGCGGAAGAAUUGGGCAGGAUGGCUCUAUCACUUCGGGAACUGUCUGAUAUGGAGCUGCUCACUAUUGGCGGCGAGCGUAUCCCAGUCAACUCUCACAUUUUGGCUCGUCGUUGGGGCCCAUAUUUUAUUCAACUUCUCCGUGAAUCUACAAUCGCAGAAGAGAACAUGUCAGAUGCUGCUACCGUACGCCAGCAGACUUCGUCUCACCCUAGUCGCAAUUCCAGCAUCACAAUAACACCAUCAGUGGGAAACAAUAGCAGUUAUUCUGCCGCGACUACCCUCAUCGGCCAUACAGGCGCAUCAUCCAACCAGAGGACCCCGCCGUCACUCCUUCCAAACCUUGAAAUCCCCUCCGCGCACACUCUUACACCGACUUCUCGCCCUAGAACCUUGUACCUCCCCCACACUCACCUAACCGUCCAACUGCUCGUUCAUUAUCUUUAUACUUCCUCACUCCCACCCCCGGGCUCCCAACUCUGUACUCCACAGAUCCUCUGCUCUCUCCUCCAGCUUGCACGACCCUACCAGGUAGAUGGCCUCCUCGAGGCCACGGUCGAACGACUCCACCAAGUGCUGGACGGGCGGAACGCUGCAGCAGUUUUUAACGCCGCAGCCAUGGCAGCUGGCAGUGGCCGUGGCACAGGCUUUGCCAGUGGACCGGGUGGAACCCUCGAAGUAUUAAACGGGGUCCACUCGCGUUCCAACGCCGUCGCUUCCGCCAUAGAACCAAUGAGCAUACUGAACCUCAACUCCAACUCAGACACGGAAUCUGGAGACACAUCGGGGCCACGAUCGGGUACCGUGGGUGGUGGACCUGGACAGUCCCAGCGCGGCACACCAAGCGCCCAGCGACCAGCCAACCUACGCAUCAACACCACAAAUCUCAACACUGGAAAUGCACCUGGUGGUUUUAGUGCGGGAGGCAACCGCAAUCGCGCUGAAUCAGUCAGCAGCGCGGCUAGCACGGCUACGUCUGCUUCAACAAAUACCAGUCUCAGUUUCUCUGAGUCUAUGGGCGUGGAUGACAUUGCUCGUCAUAAUGAUCCCAAUAAUAAAAACAAAGAUGAUGACAUGGUGGGCCACGAGCGCGGGCGGAGCAAGCCUGAACGGGAGAUUUGGACGGGUGAGAUUAGCAGCGUUGUUGGGCUACAGAAAAGGGGGUUACGCGGGUUGAUGGAGGGGCGACGGAUGAGGGAGAGGGGUGGGAGGCCGGCCAAUCCGCCUGGGGCAGCUGGUGUUGGAGGUGAGGAUGGAAAUUCCACCGACACUGGUGGAGCACCACCAGCGAUAUCUGCGGCUCCGGCUGGUGUUGCUGUAGGCAGUGGAUAG